CAGGUACCCCAAAGUCUCAUCCAGUUGGCGCUUUCAGGUUGCACAACCAAACUAAACGACGCCGUUGCAGCUGUCUUCAUCCUCCUCUCUCACUCAGCAGACAGCAAGUGCUACUGGUUUCAGUCUGUGCGUCUUUUCUGCAAUCAAACAUUUCGAACGCAGACGACUUCUUGAUCUGUUUUGAUCAAUGGGUGUCGCCGGCAGGAAGGGAAAAGGUUACGCCUUUGCUGUAUUCGCCGGCCUCAACGCCGCCUUCGCCGCCAUUGCCGCCAAGUUCUUCUCUUUCUACGUAAUUAUUCUUAUUCUCUUCUCCCCCUUUUCCCCCCACUGAGCUACACUGUUAAAACGUACAACCAGAUCGAAUAUCCCCUUUUCCCCUGAUCUCCAGGAUGUUUUCAGUACUAGUUUUUCAGUUUCCCAAUCGAUUUCGCCCAGUACCGCCAUCUGACCUCGUCUCCGUGCAAUUAAACUUUCCUCCCCAAUUGUUUUUCACUUGCAUAUAUAUGGCAGUUUAAUCUAUGGCCUAGUGUUUUCACUUUUCUCCCACUUGCUGCAGAUUAUUCGAUACGGCCUGGUGGUGGUGUUUAAUGUCACGAUGUGGGGUUGUUAUGUUAAUAGCCUCAAGGCUCUCUCGUCCCUACAAGCUACUGUUACGAACUUCGCCACCAAUUUCAUCUCCUCUGGCCUUGCUGGGUCCUUCCUGUUCAAUGAAAGCUUGUCCAGUAAGUGGUUUGCUGGUGCAUUCCUCAUUGUAGUUGGUGUGAUCAUACUCAGCAAUUCAAGUAUAGAACACAAGGAACGGACUGAUUGAUGUGAAUCGAUUUCGGUAUAUGUUGUGCUCGUGUUUUCGGCGGUACGAGAACCAGUGAGGCUAGGUCAUUCUAACUUUAGAAACUAUGUAUGUUUCCAUGUCUAGUGCUGUGCUUUGUGAAAUUCAUGCAUGGUGAACCGCUGUCAGAUGAGAUUCAUUCUUAUGUGUAGUGUUGAGUUUUGUAAUUUACAUCUCGACUGUACGAUGUCUCCAAUUCGGUUGUGCUAUGCUAUGCACAUGUCAGGCAGGCUCUUGUGUUUCCAUUACGCAUUGUUGGUUGAGCAUAGUGAAUCGGUUCUUUUAUGCCUUUAAUGAUGAAUUGAUGAGUUGUUGGAUUCUGACUGUCAGUUUGAUGCAGUAGAAUCUCAGGUUUUCACUGUCAGUUUUGAGGAAGAGUUCUUGUUAGUAUGGCUGAUCCGUAAUGUGCUCCAAGUUCUGACUGUAAUCUCCUUCCAUUGGUGAAAAUGGUGGCUGAAGUCAGCUCAGUUCUCAAUUCUUAGCGAUUGGGAGAGAUUGGAUUGUCGGUGAUUGAAAUACUAUGUUCCCAUGCGAAGUAUUAGUUAUGGAUGUGAUUUUGCAUUAGUGACAAGACAUUGUUAGCUGGGGAUAUUGAAGUUGCUUUGCUCAACUUUAAGCACCUUUGGAUGCUCUUUGUUUCUGCAUCUAUAUCGGUCACCCAACUUGUUCAUUCUGGUUCCCAUCAUGUUCAAUUCGUCAUUUAUUAUAAGGCCAACCUUUGUCCUGCAACUGGUUUUUCACUUGAGCCGACAGUUGAGUUCAUUCAAUCACGUGGACACGCAGAUGUCCAUUCACAAAAGAUCCAACCAAGCGUCAGCAAAGUGAUGCAUGGCGGGUUUUCAACCAUGUAUAGUUGACAGCUUCGAGAUUGAGCUUGCUCAAAGAAUUAGCUUGGUUGGUUCCUUUUCUGGUUCUUAAUACCUUUUGUCUUUUGCCCAUUUAUGUAGCAGUGAGGUGAUGUUCACUCUCGCUGGUCCAGUAGAAGGCUGGUCCUUUUAGUUGACACAUUGUUAAAAAUAUGGACCAUUAACAGCUUCUGUUGUUUUCUCUGGCUGAGCCUAUUGGUCUAAUCAUGGUAGAUAGGAGGAUGGUGAUUGCUGCAUUUAUUGUGGAAUUUGUUUCCUGAACUGCAAUCAUGUUAUGCAUAACUUGAAGAGCUGAGGUUGACCUGAUCGCAAUAAAAAACUGCACCAGUAAACACCAUGACAUAAAAGAACAAACAAGAUUGCAUUCAAGGAAUCAAAUAACUUCACAAACCUACUCCUAAUCCGUUGCCACUAAGUAUACUGGAGAGGAAGAACAGAACCUGGAAGAGCUAAGGGAGCCUGUUUGACAGAGAAGUGUUUAAUUGUUCUUGAGUGGGAUUUUGUACUUGAGUAUGAGGAAAUUUCUUUGUUUAUGAUGAUUGGGAGAUCCAGCAUUGAACAUAAAAUUUUCUCUCUGCUGAGAGCAAAGGCAUCGAAGCAGAAGAAAAUUGUGGUUGGGUUGAAAUCGGAUACUCACAGCAGAGAAAUGCUGCUGCGGGUUCUUCGUACUUUUGUGGAUCCUGGAGAUAUUGUGUUAGCUGUUCAUGUUCAACAUGUAUCUAGUAGUUUUGAUCCAAAUACUUUCCACAUGCAUGCAGAUCUCUGCAAGUCUAAGCAGGUUGAUUUCCUUGUUAAGGAAUGUCCUGGAGAAACCUACAUUUCAGGAUUAAGUAAUCAAGUACGACUCAACUCUGCCACAGUCCUCAUUCUUGGUUGCAGCCUUCCAUGGCCUAACGAGUCGGUAGUCAAGGCUUGCUUAAGAAGGCUGCCACCCACCUGCAACCUCCUGGUAAUGAACAAUGCCGGGAAAGUAAUAUUCCAAAGCCAGGGAACCUCUCAACAGGGAUCCACUUCUCCAGUUCUUAGACCAUCUCCAUCUGAAAACAGUUACUUUCACCAGCCAAAAGCUGGGGCGCACCGCCAGUUGCAAAAGUCUUUCACUGCACCAUCCUCCUCGCAAGAUAAACCAGUUUCCAAAACGACGUUUGAGGUGCCAGAGAAGAAGAUUCUCGACAGGCUGGCAUGCUUACAAGCCACACGGUCCAUAAGACGUUUCAGAUGGCAAGAGCUCAACUUUGCUGCUGAUGGUUUUAGCCCCCAGCGGUUGAUUGGAACAGGUGGUAAUAGUAAGGUGUAUCAGGCCACACUUGGGGGUAAUGGUCAGGCUGUAGCUAUCAAAGUCCUGAAGAGCAAGGAUUUAGAGGAUCUUCUCCGUGAGGUGGAGGUUUUAUCCGGGUUAAGGCACGAGAACAUAGUGCAGAUAAUUGGUUUCUGUGAUGGUAAGGAGAUCCAUGCAGUGGUCUAUAAUCUGUUGAAGGGAAGUCUCAAACAAAAUUUGAGACAACUCGACUGGAAAGAGCGAAUGGGGGUUGCGAUUGGAGUGGCCAAAGCGCUUGAGUACCUUCAUUGUUCUUUUACCCCUCCCAUAGUUCAUCGAGAUGUGAAGUCAUCCAAUAUUCUACUUUCUGAGAAUAUGCAGCCUCAACUCUCAGAUUUUGGGGCAGCAAUAAGACUGCUCAAGCUUGACCAGAUCCCAGAAAACAGAAAGCCAUGUAGUAUUGUUGGGACAUUUGGCUACUUGGCUCCCGAGUAUGUGAUGUUUGGGAAGGUUGAUGAGAAAGUAGAUGUGUACUCUUAUGGAGUUGUGCUCCUGGAACUCAUCACCGGGAAAGAAGCCAUUCAAACAAACCAGGCGAACAGCGAAAGCUUGGUAUUAUGGGCAAGAUCUCUGUUGAGUUCUGGCUUGUGUGACCGAUUAAUUGAUCCUCACCUAAAUGGAGAUUACAACAAGGAAGAGAUGGAAAUAGUAACGUUUCUUGCUCGGCUCUGCCUCAUUCAUUCUUCUCCUAGGAGACCAUCCAUGAAAAUGGUAUUGAGAUUGUUCAAAGAGCCAGAACACUGGAGAAAGAUGCUGAGGAACAAGGACGAAUUCCUCAAUGAGAGCAGUUCCAAAGGCGAAAUGCAGUUGGAUCCACUGGAUGACCAGGCGGCUAAUGGUAUGCCUGCUACUGAAGACUUGUAUAAUAAAAUAUUGUCUACGGAGUCAUCAGAUUUGUAAGUGUUACCACUGCUCAGAGAUAUUAUUUAACUAAGGAUACUUAAGCAUCUGAUUAUAGAGAAUAAAGCAAGCCUGUAUACUUUCUAAGAAAAGGCAUGUAUACUGUAUAUGAAGCAUGGCUAUGACAGUAGAUCGACUACUUCUUCUUGCUACUUCAUUCAACUUCAUUCCAACUGCUGAAGAUCACAGAUUUAGUGAACUUGUGCUAACGCCUGUAACAUGUUUCUCAUAUCACUCGACCUUUUGAAGUUGUUCAACAGAAUAUUGUCAAA